AGGGACUUCCCUGCUCGGCAGGCUCCAGGUUUCUCUGAUCACCUCCGGAUACAUUACGGCGUUUCCCAUGCCGUGCAUGGCGCCUCCCGGCCGCCGCGAGCGUCCCUCUCCUUUCCGGCGCUUUCCUGGGUUGCCUCUGGCGGCCCUAGUGUUGCUGCUGUCCUCCUGCUCCGGUCAAUGCAAUGACCCUGACAAGUUUCCAUUUGCCAAGCCUAUCAACCUAACUGUUGAGACUCCGUUUCCCAUUGGGACAUAUUUAAACUACAAAUGCCUCCCUGGUUAUUAUGGAAGACCGUUUUCUAUCAUCUGCCAAAAAAAGUCAGGCUGGACAAGUGCUAACGACAAGUGCAGACGUAAAUCAUGUCGUAAUCCUUCAGAACCUGUGAAUGGCAUGGUGCAUGUGAUCAAAGACAUUAAAUUUGGAUCCCAAAUUAAUUAUUCUUGUAAUAAAGGAUACCGACUCAUUGGUUCCUCAUCUGCCACAUGCAUCAUCUCAGGCAAUACUGUCAUUUGGGAUAAUAAAGCACCUAUUUGUGACAUAAUUCCCUGUGGGCUACCCCCGACCAUUGCCAAUGGUGAUUUCAUUAGCAUCAACAGAGAGGAUUUUCACUAUGGAUCGGUGGUGACCUACCGCUGCAAUCCUGGAAGCAGAGGGAGAAAUGUGUUUGAGCUCGUGGGUGAGCCCUCCAUAUAUUGCACCACCAAAGACGAUCAAGUGGGCAUCUGGAGCGGCCCGGCCCCUCAGUGCAUUAUACCUAACAAAUGCACACCUCCAAAUGUUGAAAAUGGAAUAAUAGUAUCUGACAACAGAAGCUUAUUUUCCUUAAAUGAAGUUGCUGAGUUCAGGUGUCAGCCUGGCUUUGUCAUGAAAGGAUCCCCCCGUGUGCAGUGCCAGCCACUGAACAAGUGGAAACCAGAGUUACCAAGCUGCUCCAGGGUAUGUCAGCCGCCUCCAGAUAUCCUGCAUGGUGAGCGUACCCAAAGGGACAAGGACAACUUUUGGCCUGGCCAGGAAGUGUUCUACAGCUGUGAACCUGGCUAUGACCUCAGAGGGGCUCCUUCCCUGCGCUGUACACCCCAGGGAGAUUGGAGCCCUGCAGUCCCCAGAUGUGAAGUGAAAUCCUGCGAUGACUUCCUGGGCCAAUUUCCUAAUGGCCAUGUACUACUUCCAUUUAAUCUCCAGCUUGGAGCAAAAGUGGACUUUGUUUGUGAUGAAGGAUUUCAAUUAAAAGGCAGCUCUGCUAGUUAUUGUGUCUUGGUUGGAAUGGAAAGCCUUUGGAAUAGCAGUGUUCCAGUGUGUGAACGUAAAUCAUGUAAAACUCCUUCAGGUCCAGUGAAUGGCGUGGUGCAUGUGAUCACAAACAUCCAGGUUGGAUCCAGAAUCAACUAUUCUUGUAUUACAGGGUUCCGAUUAAAAGGCAGGUCUGCUAGUCAUUGUGUUUUGGCUGGAAUGAAAGCCCAUUGGAAUAGCAGUGUUCCAGUGUGUGAACAAAUCUUUUGUCCAAAUCCUCCACCUAUCCUUAAUGGAAGACACACAGAAACUCCCCUUGGAGAUAUUCCCUAUGGAAAAGAAGUAUCUUACACAUGCUACCCCCACCCAGACAGAGGGAUGACCUUCGACCUCAUUGGGGAGAGCACCAUCCGCUGCACAAGUGACCCUCAAGGGAAUGGGGUUUGGAGCAGCCCCGCCCCUCGCUGUGAACUUUCUGCUCCUGCUGGUGCACAUAAUGCUCUCAUAGUUGGCACUUUAUCUGGGACAAUCUUCCUUAUUUUAUUCACCAUUUUCCUCUUUUGGAUAAUUCUAUAGUGCAGAAAAGAUGUCCUUCCUUGACAAAGUACCAUAAAGCUGAAGAAC